AUGUCCGCAAAGCUUUUCCAUCUCCUGGGUGAGCCCGUUGCGAAUGCUCGAGAGAUUGAAGUGGACUCAUCGCUAGACUAUGAUGGGCUUAGAAACCUAAUCGCUGCGCAUUUUGCGAUAGUCGACCCCAAUGGCAUCGGCUUUCAGUCUGAAGACGCCGUCUUCACCAGUGUGGCCGAGAUCAUCGCUUCUGAAACCCCAAUUAGUAUCGCCAUUGAUGGGAAACCUUACGGGCCUCUCUUCAUGACCACCAACUACGGCCGCACCGUAUACCACACGAACGAUCCAGAACUCAGUGCGAUCGUCUUCUCUGAAAGUGAUUUCUUUACUAAGAAAAUCAACGAAUCCCACCCGCUUCAUGCAAUCAAGAAUAAGGAAGCGGGCGUGUUCCUCGGCGACACCGACACGCCUGAAUGGAGAACUGCCCAUAAAUUUCUCCCUCCCGCGUUCGGUCCGAAGGCUGUCCGCCAUUAUGCGCCAGUUAUGCAGCAAACGGUAGAAGAUGCCUUCAAAGUGUUUGAUGCCUUUGACGAGCAAGGCGAAGCGUGGAAUGUCUAUCAAUACAUGUUGAAGCUUGGCUCUCAGGCGGUUGGAAAGCUAGUCUUAGGCAUCGACUUCCAACACUUCGCCAACAUGAAUGCGCCCCCGCAUGAAUUGAUUCUUCUGAUUGCCGAGUCACUUGAACUGAACAAAAAGAUCACUGCCAGAGGUGAUUGGUAUGCCAAGCUGCCCUUCGGGGACUCUAAACGCCUUCAACAAAUCCGUGGUCGGGUCUGGAACAUUGUCGACGAGUCCAUUCAGAAUGCUAGUCGUGGUGGCGUUGAGGAUCUCCCACUUCAGGAUGCCGCCCUCAAAGCCCAUAACAUGAUUGACUACGCCAUCCGGGCGACGGAUAACAAAGGCGAAAAGUUGCCCAAAACGAGCUUAAUCCAAGCUCUAGUUGUGGCAACUGGAGCGGGCUUCACCACCACCAGCUCGCUGCUGUCAUGGCUAAUUUACAGCCUUGUCAACUACCCUGGUGUGCAGGAUAGGCUCUUGCAAGAGCUCGUAGAUAACGGCAUCGACGCCGAUACGCAGAUCACUGCCGACUUGACCGACCGUCUUACAUUCAUGGACAAGUUCAUCAAAGAAACUCAGCGCCGACACAACCCGUCCUAUCAACCCGCGCGCACAGCUAAGGUGGAUAUGAUCCUGCCUGGCGGCUACAAACUGCCUGAAGACUCGGUCGUCAUCGGCGCACUUCAUCACCUUCAUAACAAUCCCGAGGUCUGGGACAACCCGACGCGUUUCAACCCCGACCGAUGGGAUACUGAAGAGGUCAAGAACCGACACAAAUCUUCCUACAUUCCCUUUGCGGCCGGUCCUCGCAUGUGCAUCGGCUUCAACUUUGCUCUGCAAGAAGUUAAGGUGUUUCUGCCCAAAUUGGUGUACCGGUACAGGUUCACAAAGGAGACUGAUGGCCCGAUUGAGUACGAUCCUAUGUUCCAGCUGAUCAGGCCGAAUAACCUGUAUGUCCGUGCUGAACGGCGCGUCAAGUGGCCGCCGAAGACGGAAUCUCCUCUGCCGACGGCGUCGCUAUGA